AUGUCGGCUGUGCCCAAGCGGCCUGUGCGGGUGGUGCCUGAUUUUCCACGAGGCAAUGCUUGCCUGGUGCAGUGGUUCUUGGACUAUGCCGAGGCCUUGCUCAGCGAGGUCCUUUGCUUCUUGGAUGGUCUCAGCCUCACCUUCCUGGAGCUUUGCAGCACCUGGUGGCGCCGCCUUGUGAGCACCAAUCUCGCCGGUGUGUGGCGCUUCAUUCACUUGUGCGCUUUGGGCGCUCGUCCGCCCAUGUCCUUGGCCCGCCCGCCCAAGGGUGUGACCCGAGGCGGCGGCCCGUGGAAGCAGCUCUGGCUAGCACACCGGUGGCUGCUCGCCGAGCCUGACGGGCGUCAGCGAAGCGUGGCCUUCGAGCAAGCGCGGCUGCUGUUGAGUCCGGGAUCACACGCAGUGGUGCAACCCAUGAAGCCCAGCCAGAGGUUCUUGAUAAACAUCAUUAAGAAUUGCUUGGAUGGCAGUUCUCAGCCCGACCCACGCUUUGGUCCACUGCACAAGAGGUGGUGCAGCCACUUGAUGGUUGGGGCGGAAGCAAUGGUGACCCAUGCGAAUGGUGUGCAGACCAACCACGAACAGCUAUACAUGUCCUGGUCGGUCUGCUUCUCCGCGAUGCAGGGCUUGCCUCGACUCUUCCUCGCAUCUGCGCGAGAGGCGCAAAGCGCUUGGGAGGUGGAUCUUGCUGAGUGCAGGCUGCCUCCUAAGGCGCCACUUCCUUGGGCAGCUGCGGCUCAGGAGAUCCAUGAGCUCCGCGCCGCGGGCCGCCCGUUGCGCUCCGGGCUGUGCGAUGCCGUGGAGCUCUGCAGCUUCCGGCGGCUCGGUGUGGCGUGCGCAGCAGGUGCAGCUUGCAGUGUCGGAGUAUUGGCAGCAUCUUCACAAGGAACUCUUUGGGCUGGAGCGAAGCCAAACGCACGGUCGAUCCGCCGAUCGCUGCUUGCAGCUGCUCUUGGCACUGACGUGCCCCAAGCCCUUUGCCCAGGAGCCUCAAAAGCUUGCGCUGGCACUCGAGGGCCUGCGGCCUCACUUCGAGUGAGGUCGACAUCAGCGCAGCUCGAGGUCGACCGUACCAAGGUGUCUGGUGUGAUGCGGCUUCACAGCCUGCGAAGACGCACCCCAUCGUGA